AGCUAGCAGAUGUUGGAUGUUGAGCAGUAACAUAUUAUUGUGGGCCGGGGACAGCCGAACAUUGGCGAAGGUACACGAAGUUUGCCUGGGGUCACCAAUAGAGCGUCAGUACCGCCUCGCGCCCCGAAGGGAGAACUUACGUCUCUUAUUCGAGUUAAACACGUAAUUUUAAAUAAAAUAAACGCUUCUUUCUCUACUCACCCGUUCCUUUAGACUUAGAUGAAAAAGUUUAAAGCCACAAUAAAACAGUUUAUAAGUGAUAGGAUCGUUUUAAGAUUUGAUCAGGUAAAUUUACGAUUUUAAAAUCGAGUAGAGUAAAUCACCAACAAUGUUUUGUAACGUAAUAUUAUUUGUGAUACAAAUUACCUUGCUGAAGGAAACUAGGAAAUUGUAAUUAAAUUUUCUUUAAUGUAAAAUCGGGAUUUAAGCUCGUCAACUAUGGGAAGGCAGAAGUUGGUUUUGCUCACUUUCUUCUUGAUUUUAGGCACGACUAGAAGUCUUGUGCUGACGUCAGUUCGUAUAGAGCGUCACACUCUUCUUGGCAACUCCUCCAUACUAGAGUGUCACUACGACCUUCAGGGAGAGCCUCUAUACUCUGUCAAGUGGUACAAGGAUGGCAACGAGUUCUUCAGGUUCCUGCCUAAGGAUGUCCCACCCAAACAGGUCUUCCCCCUGAGUGGCGUUGAGGUCGAUGUGGAUCGUUCGAAUGCCACUCAAGUACGACUGAUCAAGUUGACAUUGGCGAGUACAGGCAGAUAUAGAUGUGAGGUGUCGGCGGAAGCUCCUUCCUUCCAAACCGUCUCAGACCACGGCGACAUGCAGACAGUUGCAAUACCCAAGGAAGGUCCACGUAUCAUUGGAGGCAGACCUAGAUACCAACUCGGAGACACGGUUAGGGUAAACUGUACUUCAGGACCUUCCCGACCAGCCACCCAGCUCACUUGGUUCAUCAACGGAGAACAGGCUAACCAAUCGUACGUGAUUGGGCCAAUCCGCAAGCCUCACAAAGGGUUUGAAAUGGUGACUCUGGGACUAGUGUUCCGUGCAGAACCUCGCCACUUCAAGCGAGGAGACCUCAAACUGAAAUGUCUGGCCACCAUCGCCACCGUCUACUGGAGAACGAACGAAGAGAGUGUGGAGAGUGACAAGCAUCACAAGUCUCCAGCCUUGGAGAUGAAGGAUACGGACAAGUCUAUAGCAGACAGAGUACGAGCUGCGACUAGUUGCUGUUCGUCUUCAGGCAGUGUGGUCUGUUUAGUAGUUGUUGUACUCGCUGUGACCUCAGCAAGAUAACCUGACUCAUCCAGCUCCACGUUGGACUAAUCUUCCAUCUUCCACUAGUUUAAAUGUCUGAGUUUUCCGAGAUACGCUAUCUUUUUCGGACAAAAAUGUAGUUAAGUAUAAAGCUGUACUGGCUUACCCCGACGAAUGAAAAAAGUUGAAAAAUGGUCGUCUUAACAGUUUGAUAUUAUACAUUUACGUAAAAUAAUUGUCAAGUCACUAAAGUAAUGAGUUAUAUACCAUCUCAAAACGUUUGGUAUCAACAUUUUGACACACUUUGCUUACUAAAAUUAUUUUCCAUUUGUGCGUAUAGUAAUAAAAAAUUUCAGUUGUAUUCUUCUAUUCCUAUCUAGUCAAUGGUUUCCCUUAAGUAAUAAUUCUUUUAAAACAAUAAUUUUGAUGGUAAAAUUAGAUAAAAAAUAAUCAAAGACAUUUAUUAACAUGAAAAUUGGAUGUUUACUUAGAAAAUAAUGUUGCUCUAAGUACAGUGUUAUUGUAAGUAUCUGUGUGAACUAUAUCUGUGGAAAUGUCGUCAGACAGCCCACUUGACUUUGUUAUGAAAAAUCAGUUAUUAAUUAUAAAUCGAACCGCAUUUCAGUGUAUAAUGUUGCAGACCGGAGUUAAUUAUCUAAUUUUGACUUUAAUUGCAAAGUAAAACUUUUAAACUUAGUUGCUAGAAAAUUGACUGUAGCUUCCAUUUCGUACGAUUCUUGUAAAUUUACGGAUAGAUAAUUCCAAUGUAUAUACUGUAGAUGAUAAAUUUAAAACAUCCCUACCAUGGUAAGCUAACUUGUUUAUUUAUUUAUGUACAAAGAUAAAACAUUUGUCAAACGUAUUUUUACAAAAUGCAUCAACGAAACUAGCUUUGACUUAUUACCUAUUGUACAAAUUAUUGAUGAUGAAACGGUUUUGUGUUUUCUUCCUUCUUAAACAUUAUCUCAAAGUUUUCUCUAGGAAACUUGGCAUAAUUUACUAGUGUAUUCUUCGUGUUGGUUACUACGCAAAAUGUAUAGAUUAUAAAAAUAAAAACUAGAGUUAGAAAUACUCGGCAUUUAUACAUAUCAUCUAAGUAUUUGGCCUACAGCUGCAGAUUGUAUUUACUUUGCUAUGUAUAUACUAUUUUAGUAGUGCAAUGUUCUUUGUUUGAUUAUUAAGAAACUUAUAUUAAACAUAUUU